CCGAAACUGCAUGGCCUCCGCCUCCGCCUCCGCGCCGGCGCGCGGCUGAACCCCCACCCCUCCUCCGCCGCCGCAAAACCCUAAACCCCGCGGACACCAUGCGCCGCCUCCCGCCCCUCCCCCAUCCUUCCGCCGCCGCUGCCUCCACCUCCACCCCCGACGUCGUCGCCGAGCUCGGCCGCAUUCUCUCCACGCGCCGCUGGAACAAGGGCCGCGCCUACAAGCGCCUGGCCCCCUCCGUCACCGCCGCGCAUGUCGCCGACCUCUUCCGCGCCUCCACCGGCGCCGCCCCUCCCGACCCCGCCACCGCGCUCGCUUUCUUCGAGUGGGUCGCCCGCCGCCCCGGGUUCCGCCACACCGCCUCCUCCCACGCCGCGCUGCUCCAUCUCCUCGCCCGCCACCGCUCUCCCGCCAACUAUGAGAAGCUCGUGGUCUCCAUGAUCAAGUGCUCCGACUCCGCGGAGGACAUGCGCGCGUCCGUUGACGCCAUUGAGGCAAUCCGUCGAACGGGUGGCGCGCACCUGGCGCUGUCCCCAAAGUGCUAUAACUUUGCGCUCAGGUCACUGUCGCGAUUUGACAUGACGGAGUAUAUGGGGAAGGUGUACUCGCAGCUCGUGCGGGAUGGACUGUUGCCAGACACAGUGACUUACAACACCAUGAUCAAGGCGUACGGCAAGGAGGGUUGUCUCACCACGGCGCAUCGAUAUUUCCGGCUGUUGAGGGAGUCUGGGAUGAAGCCAGAUACAUUUACAUGUAAUGUAUUGGUGAUGGGGUACCGCCGAGCGGGUGACUUGAGGAAGGCUUGCUGGCUAUUCCUGAUGAUGCCACUGAUGGGUUGCGUGAGAAAUGAGUACUCCUACACCAUUUUGAUUCAGGGGCUCUGUGAAGCGCGGCGUGUAUGGGAGGCACUUGUGCUUCUGUUCAUGAUGCAGCAGGAUGGGUGCUUCCCAAAUCCACACACAUAUACAUUCUUGAUAAACGGUCUUUGUAAGGAGGGUAGGUGUCAUGACGCCAGGGUGUUGCUUGAUGAAAUGCCUCGGAGAGGAGUGGUUCCAAGUGUUUGGACAUAUAAUGCAAUGAUUGAUGGGUAUUGUAAAUCGGGAAGAGCAAAAGAUGCAUUGGGGAUCAAGGAGCUGAUGGAAAGAAAUCUGUGUGACCCAGAUGAUUGGACAUACAACAGUUUGAUUCAUGGCCUCUGCGAUGGGAAGACAGACGAAGCUGAAGAAUUGUUCAGUAGUGCUAUUGCGAGAGGCUUCAAACCAACAGUUGUUACAUUCACUAACUUGAUCAAUGGGUAUUGCAAGGCUGAAAGGAUCGAUGAUGCACUCAGGGUAAAGAAUAUCAUGAAGUCGAGCAAGUGCAAACUUGAUUUACAGGCAUAUGGAAUGUUGAUCAAUAGCCUCAUCAAGAAGGAUAGGUUAAAAGAGGCUAAAGAGACGUUAAAUGAGAUUUCAGUAAAUGGUUUAGUUCCUAAUGUCGUCAUCUACACUUCUAUAAUUGAUGGCUAUUGCAAGAGUGGGAGGGUUGAUGCUGCACUAGAGGUCUUCAAACUGAUGGAAAAUGAAGGUUGCUAUCCAAAUGCCUGGACAUACAACUCUUUGAUGUAUGGGUUAAUUCAGGAUCAAAAGCUUCACAAGGCAAUGGCUUUAAUAACUAAAAUGCAAGAGGAUGGAAUAACUGCUGGUGUUAUCACCUAUACUACUCUGAUUCAAGGCCAGUGCAACAAUCAUGAUUUUGAUAAUGCUUUCAGGUUAUUUGAAAUGAUGGAGCAGAAUGGCUUGACACCUGAUGAGCAAGCAUACAAUGUAUUAACUGAUGCGCUAUGCAAGUCAGGAAGAACUGAAGAAGCUUAUUCUUUUCUUGUCAGGAAAGGAGUAGCCCUAACAAAGGUAACAUAUACGUCUUUAAUCGAUGGUUUUAGCAAGGCAGGCAAUACAGACUUUGCUGCGGCCCUCGUAGAGAAGAUGGUCAAUGAGGGCUGUAAACCAGAUUCGUACACAUAUAGUGUACUGUUGCACGCUUUAUGUAAACAAAAAAAACUGCAGGAAGCUUUGCCGAUACUGGAUCAGAUGAUACUUAGGGGAAUCAAGUGUAACAUUGUUGCCUAUACAAUACUCAUCGAUGAAAUGAUCAGAGAAGGGAAGCAUGACCAUGCUAAAAGGAUGUUCAAUGAAAUGAUUUCGUCAGGACAUAAGCCUAGUGCAACCACAUAUACUGUAUUCAUUAACUCAUACUGCAAGGAAGGUCGAAUAGAGGAGGCUGAGAACCUGAUUGUGGACAUGGAAAGAGAAGGUGUUCAACCUGAUGUGGUGACCUAUAAUGUAUUCAUUGAUGGUUGUGGACAUAUGGGAUACAUUGACCGUGCAUUUUCUACUCUGAAGCGCAUGAUGGAUGCAUCAUGUGAGCCAAAUUCGUGGACCUAUUGUAUUUUGCUCAAGCAUUUCCUAAAAAGUAAUUUGGUUAAUGUUCAUUAUGUAGACACUUCCGGCUUGUGGAACUUGAUAGAGUUGGACACAGUUUGGCAGCUUUUUGAAAGGAUGGUGCAGCAUGGUUUAAGUCCCACAAUAGUGACAUACAGUUCUAUCAUUGCAGGAUUUUGCAAAGCAAUGCGUCUUGAGGAAGCAUGUGUGCUUCUUGAUCAUAUGUGUGGGAAAGGUAUAUCUCCCAAUGAAGAGAUAUACACAAUGCUUAUCAAGUGCUGCUGUGAUACCAAGUUCUUUAAAAAGGUCUUAUCAUUUGUAAGCGACAUGAUAGAAUGCGGGUUUCAGCCUCAUCUCGAGUCCUACCAGUAUCUUAUUAUAGGCCUCUGCGAUGAGGGAGACUUUGACAAGGCUGAAUCACUAUUCUGUGACUUGCUUGGAAUGGACUAUAAUCAUGAUGAAGUUGCAUGGAAAAUUCUAAAUGACGGUUUGCUCAAAGCUGGCCAUGUCGAUAUUUGUUCCCAGUUGCUGUCCAGAAUGGAGAAUAGACACUGUCGCAUUAAUCCUGGGACAUAUGCUAUGGUGACUAAAAACAUGCAUGAGGCAUCUGCCAGUGCGGUUAGUGAACUCAGAGGAAAAGUUGCCUAAGUGACAUAUCUUUCCAUGCAAAUAAAUGGUAAUUUAUCAUUGGCCAUUCUUUUCCUUGGUGAGCAAUUGAAUAAAUUGCAUGCUUGUUAUGAGCCCAAGCUCAACGUUUUGAAAGCAGCUCAUUUCAUCUAGGACUUCCGAUCAAAUGGAAUGGAUAUCUGCAAUGUGGAUAGUAGUGAGGUGCAAAUGCAAGCUACAUAGAACAUUACAUUUUGGGAAAUUGGCUUGAGACAAUCAGCACACAGUUAGGAUGGCAUUUGAUCAGCAUUAUCCCGAGACAUGUUUGACAAGGUGACUGUUUUCUCAGUAGCAAAGAUUUUCGUAUGAAGUCCUAGUCAAACGAGAGGCACUUCUCAUCAUUCUAUGCUUCACCUUUGCACUCAGGCUUCUCGUCAGGGAAGUGUGUAGAAACCCAGUGACCAUUUUAUUUCUACAUUGAACGGUGUGUUCUGGGUCAACUUGGAUGGCUUCGUAUUGUCAAUAUUUAGAAGCUAGUCUUUUCAGCAUACGAGCUAUGGUGAGUCUGUUGUCUACUGCCUUCCAUCUUCAACUCUGUUGGUAUUUAUUGCUCCAACUGUAGCUCAGGUCCACAGGAACAAGAAACUCAGCACAGCUGCUGAAUGGUCUAGGAGUUUAUGAAUUGCUUUUAGGGACCGUCUCAUGAAAGCACUGAGAAAUGGUUCAAAAACCCGAUCAAUUUGAGAGAACGAGACUUGGAAGAAAUGUUGCAUAGGCACCUAGAUUCAAUGUAUAAAAAAGGAACAUAGAUACACUUGUUUAUUAGCAUUUUUCUCAACAUUACUGCCCAUGUAUUGAUAACUCCAAAUUGUGGUUUUGCUGCCAUAUGUUAUACUCCAACCAGUAAAAAAUUCUUGAUGUU